CGGGAGCAGGGGAGGGGUCAGCCCGAAAACGCUGGAGGGGUCUCGGGUCCGGACCGAUGUUGCGCGGAAGGAGUUCUGGGCCGCUCACAUGCGGAGUGCGCUCCACGUCUGGAGUGCAGUGUCCGGCUCUGGGCUCCUCAGGACAAGAGAGAUGGGGAGCUCCUGGAGCACGUCCGGUAGAGGACAACGAGGGUGAUUAAGGGACUGGAACAUCUCUCUUUCGAGGAGAAGCUGAGGGAGCUGUGUCUGUUCAGCCUCGAGAAGAGACGGCUGAGAGUGGGCCUCACUAAACUGUGUAAAUAUCUAAAAGCGGGCUUCCAAGAGCAUGGAACCGGGCUCUUCUUGGUAGAUGCCAAGCGAUAGGACAAGAGGCAAGAGCCAGAAAGUGAUGCACAGGAAGUUCCUUCUGAACAUGAGGAACUAACUGUGUGAUGACCAGGCAGGUUGUCCAGAGGGGUUAUGGAGUCUCCAUCACUGGAGAUAUUCAAGAACCGUCUGGACACAAUCCUGUGCCACGUGCUCUGGGAUGACCCUGCCUGAGCAGGGAGUUUGGACCAGAUGAUUCACUGUAGUCCCUUCUAACCCGACCCUGUCUGUGAUUCUGUUCUUCUGUGGUUCUGUGUAGUUUCAGCUAACAUGACUGAUUUAAAGUUUCUAGGACUUUAUACUGGAGCAUUUUGAAGCAAUCCUUAUUAUAAAUGACAUCUUUAAGUUAUUAAUUGAGUCUGUCAUAACAAUAAUUUAAUAUGCAGUACUGGAAUUUGUACUUGUAGUGUAUGUGUGUGUGUAUACCUGUAGGCAGAGGAAGCUUAUGUUUCUGUCUCCACUUAUUUCCAUGGAGCGUUUGGCUGAGGAUGAAGACAAGUUGUCUUUGAUAUGUUUUUAUACUCAGAAAGCUCUAGACAUCUCAUGGCUAGAAGUUUCAUUGUAGGUGGCAGGGAAAUGGAAGGAAUAUGUGUCUUCACACAUAUUGCAGUGUAGAAAAAAAGGACUGAAAAUAUUAACAACAGGAAGAUUGCAAAGCAAAUACUUCAGGAGCUCAACUAAAAUUUGCUCUGCUGCAUUCUGAGUCAAUAUAUAUGAGUGCCUGGUAGUAAACAGCUUGAGAUGUAUCCUCUAAUUUAUGGAUUAUUACUAUUUACAUAUGCAUAUUUUGACAAAGCUGUGGGACAACCUCUCUUCCACUUCUCCCUGUCACCUGUCUCAGCAUGGCAGGAGCAUUUCCUGUUCCACACAACAACCUGCAGUUCUGUCUUGCAUAUGUCAGAAGAGAAGAAACUCAAACCACAGAGGAGAAAACACGUAUCCAACAGGUUGAUAACUUCCUACUGGAACAGCCUCAAUUCCACACACGUGAUGCUUCCUAUGAACUACUAUAGGCCUGCAAAAGUAUCUUGCUUGUACCCAUGGGUGGCCUCAAGGAUGUAAGUCGAAUUCAGGCUGUCAGAAUAUGGCCAGGAAUGUUCUUUAGCACCUGAAGAAUCAGCCUACACAUCCUUUUUAUUGCUUCAGUUGUCUUUUUAUUGUACUGCUUUGCAGGUAUUCCUCUUGCUCCUAUCCACCUGUGCCUCUGCCAAGAAAGCAGCCUACUACAGGUUUGGUUGUGUCCAAGCUCUGGUACAUCACAUCUGAGGCAAUGCCAUCUGCACACCCAUGUACUCCAAGUCCCCGUGCUAAUCACAGUCUUGCCUGCCCUGGACAAGUGUGAAAUUACUGUCUUGGUGGUGGAAUUUGACCUUGCUUUUCCUUGUCUGGUUGGGAGACACCCCCCCAAGUUUGGAACAUCUGUACAUGGAAUAUGAGGAGGAUGAUGAUAUCUUCUUUGCAAAAUGGAUGAGCAGCUUCUGGGGCCACAACUUGAUCGAUGAGAAUGAGAAAGAGGGUCGAGGCCACAAGAAACGUCAGACACGAUUCUGUAGUGAGAGGAGAGCAUCCCUACCGGCCAAGCUUUCCUCCCUCCAUGCAACACGACUUCAUGAUUCUGCCAGAGGCUCAUCUUCAGGCCACCUCAAAGGCUCCAAGGAAUUUCAAGAAGACCAAGAUGUCAAAUGCCACUGCCACAGGAAGGCAAGCAGAACACCUUCAGCAGACAGCUCAGGCCCAGACACAAGAUCAAAUUCCAUUCAGGAAUUUGCAGAGUCCUUUGAAAAGCAAUUGCAUCUCAAAAGCAAGCGCUCAGUUUCUUUGCAGCCUGAAGGCGUGAAGGAGAGACGAGAAAGAGAAAGAUUGCAUUUGAGAAAAAGCAAGUCUCAUAAGAGAAUGGAAGAGAAAUCAGAGCCAAGGAGAGAGCCAGAAGAAGCUGAAGUACCUGUAAAACACAACGAGCAGUUUUCAUCACAAGCAAGCAUUCAGAAGUGAUAUUUAUGCACAGGCAUCUAGAAUGCAUUGAGAUAAUUAAUUCUAACACUCCCUCUGAAGAGCAGAGGGAGAAUUCUUGUUUUGUUUUGACUAGAAGAGGCCUGAUAGCUAGAAUAAACCCUAUGCUCUAAAACAAAAGGAAAAUUCAACUGCAUCGUCGACACCAUGUUACUACCUUCCUUUCUUUACUUUUGUCAUUAGGAAUGUGACCUUUGUCAUAGGAGUGGAUCAGUAGCAAGAUCCAAGUUAGCAAUUAACCACCAUA